UUUCGGUCUCUGAUAAGACCACAACGUAUUUACUCUCUGGAAAAAGAGGUGCCCUCCUAUUGUAUCUAGUGUCAAACUAUUGUCGGUAGUCAUGGCCGCUGUUGCUCCUGCUGCUCCCGCUCCCUGGUGUGGACGCGAUUCCAAGCCCCGCACCUACGAGAAGCACUCCCCUGUGGUUUGCUAUGAUAAGCCUGAGGCGUCGAUUGUUUCGAGGGAGGAAUACGAUGAUAAACGCUAUCAGGCUCUGACUGGGGAUCUGGUGGAGACGCUCGUGGUGCCCAAGCGGGAGGCUCGCACCUGGACAAUGCAGGCGGGCGACUUGUGCCGCGUCACUAUCCACGAAGGCAGCCAGGUGGGCGACAUGAACUUCUGGAACCUGGAGAACACCGCCGAGCGCUUCUACUCGGGCAAGACGCGCCAGCUGCACUCGUCGCACCUGCGUGUCUACGAUCGCCUGUGGAGCUGCCUGCCCCACCUGCGUCCCAUGGCCACCUUUGUGUUCGACUCCCUCGCCUCCUAUGGAAUUGACGAGGAUGGUGGUGCCCUGCACGACGUGAUUGGAACCCGCUGCGACGACUACACCUACAAGCUGAUCACGGGCAAGGAUCGGGUGGGCAGUUGCCACAGUUCCCUGGUCAAAGCGGUGGUGGAGGAGCGCGGACUGACCGAGCAGGACGUGCACGACGUGUGGAACAUCUUCAUGUGCACUGGAUUCACCCGGGAGACGCAUCAGUACUUCUGCAAGCCGAGUCCCGCCCGCAAAGGGGAUUUUAUUGAGUUCGUGGCCGACAUGAAUCUGUUGGUGGCCCUGAGCGCCUGUCCCCAGGGCGACGUCUCCAUCCAGGUGGGCGCCGAAGUGCCGGACGACAAGUGCCACCCCCUCAAGGUCGAGGUUUUCCGUCGAAAGUAACUCGACUCGUUUGUAUUUGGUGUGGAGAAACCUGAUUCAGAGUGCCAUUUAUGUAAACAGUGGAUACGAUUAGAGAUGAGCAAGAUCUGUUGACACGUAGUGACGAAUUUUACUCACCUGAUCAGCUUAAACACUUGUUUACAAAUUUAUUAUUAAACAUUGAGUUAUUGCAAUA